AUGAUCGUAUAUGAAGAACGCCUUGUUGAUCCAAGUGACAAAAAGCAGAAAGUCAUCAGGAGGUAUAUAAUACAGUUUGUGAAAACAGGCUACCAUCAAUCUUCUGGUAACUCCUCUGUGUCAGAUCCAUCAUCCCCAGCCUCAGCCUCGCCUUCUAUCUCCAUCUUGGUAUCCUGUAUAGAUGGAGCGGGGAUCGAAUCAUUAUCCCCGCCUUCACCACUGGUGACAGUUGAUAACUCCGACCCUGCUUUUGGGGAGAGCAUGCGAGCCCUGAGGAGGUGCUGGAAUAUAGGGCUGGACGGCUUCAAAGUGUCCCCUGAGCCUGCUUCAGUCUCAAGUUCGCUGAGCCCACUCUCUUCUUCCGUGGUAUCAUGUAUACUGGGAUCAGGACCAGACGCGCUCUUAUCCUCAAUAUUUUCUCCCUCUUUAUCAUCUUCCUCAGGGUUCUCUUCCUUCUCGUCCUCGUUAUCAUCACCUUCUUUUUCGUCUUCUUCUUCAUUAUCUUCCCCUUCUUUCUCCUCCUCUUCUUCGUUAUUUUCUUCCUCCUUUUCUUCCUCAUUGUUUUCAUCCUCUUUUUCUACUUCGUCCUUCUCAUCCUUAUCAUCUGCGUUGGUGUCUUCUUUAUCUUUCUUCUCCUUGUUUUCAUCGAGAGCAGCUUCAGUAGCAGGACCGUCGUCGACUUGCUCCUCCGCAGUCUGGCGCUCCGCCUGGGCUUGCUUGCCCUCAUCCUCAGCAGCCUUUGCAGGUUUAGGUGCAGGGCGUGGGGCUUUGGCAGCAAUAGCAUCAGCCUUUUUCUGCACUUCUUUCCUAGUCACCCCUUUUGCCCGAGGUCUAGGUGCUGGUGCUUGA